AGCAAUAUGUAUAUUUAGGAAGAUGUCUUCGUCAACAACGAUCAAGCCCACUCGACUAGCACGAAAUACCUGCCUGAUACGAUGUUGACUUCGGUGCUGUUGCUGGCUUCGCUUUGCGUGGCGGCCUUCGCCCGGCUGGAGUGCAAAGUCCCACAUCUUGGCGGGGGACGAGACGAUGGACCUGCUAUUAGCGCUGCGUUUCAGCGAUGCGCAAAGAAUGGCAAAGUCGUGCUGGACCAGUAUUACUCAGUGGACUCCCUACUCUUGAUCACAGGGCUCGAUGAUGUCGAGAUCGUAUUGUCUGGGACUUUGCAAUACACGCCGGACAUUGCCAAGUGGUCUCCUCAGAGCCUCUUCCUGACGUACCAGAACGCGUCCACCGCCUGGUUCCUUUCGGGCAACAAUAUCCUCCUUCAUGGAGGCGGAACCCUUGACGCCAACGGUCAAGUAUGGUAUGAUGCAUUUGCCUCCAGCAAUGAUGCUGGCACCGCAGGCGGCUCUUCGACGACUUUUGAACGCCCGGUCCCCCUCACUGUGGGGAACUCGACCAAUGUUGUUAUCGAAGACAUCACACAGCUAAACUCGCCGUUCUGGAACAACUUCGUGUAUCAAAGUACGAAUGUGACGUAUAGGAACAUAACAAUCAAUUCGGUGUCGUACUCGAGUUCGCCGGCUUCCAACACAGACGGCUGGGACAUCUACCGCUCGAACAAUGUGACUAUCACCGAUUCCAGGAUCAAUAAUGAUGAUGAUUGUGUCUCUUUCAAGCCGAACAGCACAAAUAUUGUCUUUGCUGGUGAGACGGACAUCGUUGCCAAUGUGACGGUGUUCAACAUUUCGAUGAACAAUGCUCAAAACGGUGCUCGGAUCAAGGUCUUUGGCGGGAGCCCUGAUCCUAAUAGUACCGCAGGAGGCGGGUCAGGAUUUGUCAAAAACGUCACUUACUCUGACUUCCAAGGCAAGCCUUACGCCAUCGUCUCUGCUGAUUCCUUGGUAAGCAACGUGGACAACCCCAUCACCGUUGACCAAUGCUAUUCUACUCCUGUCGAGACUUGCGCGGAGUUCCCAAGCACCCUCACUAUCUCAGACGUCCAUUUCAUCAACGUGACCGGGACAUCAUCUGGUGCUGAGCAAAACGUUGUGGUAGACAUCGAAUGCUCCGCCGAGUGUACGGACAUCACUGCUACCGGGACGCAUAUUGAGCCUCCCAGUGGCAGUCCCGAGUUCGUGUGUGUCAACGUCACGAGCGUGAAUGAGCUUGAUUUCAACUGUACAGCUCCCCCGUCGUAAUUUUGCACAAGCAGGGACAAGUACCUUUGAUACAUCUGAUACCAUGAUUUCCACACUCGACUACCGCUGUUUUGACACUCCGUGCCAAUCAUGCACGGGUUCGCGCAGCUCGGUCCUUCGUAUUCUCGCCUUGUCCGCAGCGUCACUAGUCACUUCCUGUCAGGACUUAGUACUUAGUCUUUGCGCGUACGCUGUCGGAACAUUUGCAUAACAUGCG